UCCAGUUAAACGAGCGCAACGACGGUCACUGUCAAAUAUCUACUGUUUCUGUUGGACGAAAGCGGCCAGCCCUCUUCGCUGAUUGGUUGAUCGUUGCUCCGAGAGCUGGCAGCUUUUCCAGCGCCACUCAGCGGCGUUUCGCAUCGCGGUGGUUUGGUAGCGGCGCGGGGAAAGAGUUGGGCAACGGCUGACCCUAAUAUCCAGGGAAAAAAAGGAAAAACUUGGAUGAAACUCGGGGUUAGGGGUUGCCCGAGCUAGCCUCUAAUACCUGUAUAACCACCGCGGCCGCUCAUUCCGUCUCAGUCCGUGCUGGGCAGCUCGUCUAAUGUCGGAUUUCAAGCUCGGGAUUGUUCGCCUGGGCCGUGUGGCCGGGAAGCAUCUGUACAGCUACAAGAGCAGAAUCACAUCCACACCGUGUGCUGCCACACAGGCCGCUGCCUACAGGGCAUCCGGUGCUCACAGACAAGGUGUGGGCCUGGGACACAUCUCCCUCCUGGGCUUGUUCAUGACUGAAGAUAAGAACAAAAUACACCCUCAUUGAUGAGCAGGAUAUACCACUGGUGGAGAACUAUGCCUUUGAGGCACGCAUGGAGGUUGACGCUGAUGGCAACGGAGCAAAGAUCUUUGCAUACGCCUUUGAUAUAAGCAAAGGACGGUGGGCUGGUCGACCUCUGCAUGAGUUACUCUGGGAAAAACACAGAGGCGGCAUUGCUCCAAGCUUCCAAGUCGUCCACAUAAACUCUGUUACGGUGGACAACCGUCUAGACAAUUUGCGCCUUGUUCCUGUCGGCUGGACUCCCAAACCGGAGGAGCUGUCUAGCAAACAAAGGGAGCAGUCACUCUACUGGCUGGCUAUCCAGCAGGUUCCAGCUGAUCCGGUGGAGGAGCAGUACUUAGAGCUGGGCCGCACACGUUACUACAACGCCAACGGAGAACUGGUAGAGGAGGAGGAGUGUUCCUGCACUUACUACGAGUGUCACUAUCCCCCUUGCUCACUCAUCGAGAGGAGGCUGCGAGAGUUCAACAUCUGUGGCCGUUGUCAGGUGGCACGCUACUGUGGCUCACAGUGUCAGCAGAGGGAUUGGCCGGCCCAUAAGAAGCAGUGCCGUGAACGCAAGCGGGUCCUGGCCCUGGAGUCUGAGCCUGAACGGUGAUCCCCUGAACCCCCGUUGAUCAUAAAUGGGGUCAGAGGGGGGACUGAGGGACGGGACUUGCAAAGAAAUGCAAAAAUGACAACGUUAAAAAAGAUCUACUGACUGACUAAACGGAUGGGUGACGUGUUGGUAGGUAAGGCAGGCCUGUGGAGUAUGGGGCGGGGGGCAUGAAAAACCUUUUUUUGCUUCCCAAACUUUUUGGCAUUUCCUUGGCUUGUUAUUGGGGGAUUUUUCUUUUAGAGGGAGCUCAAUAAAAGGCUGCUGCUAUGUAUGUGUGUUUUUGUGAAGAAAAACACGACGCCAUCAUGACUUCCUCUAUACAGACUGUCGAGAGUUCAUAAACUCACUCCUUCCUUCCAUCCUCACGCCCGUCGUGAAGUGUUAGCCACUGGUCUCGAGGAACACGCCUGCUGUAGAAAGAGACUGAAUAACGGACCUCUUCACUGUACUUUUCCUCUCCCAGUGGGACUUCCUGUGCGCAUAAACGUGCACAUGCCCGUUUACCUGCCGUAUCUUUCCCCAGGUGUGCAGCAAAGGACUGUGCAAAUUCACACUACCAGUAUUGUGUGUGCACGUGCGUGCGUGCGCAUGUCAUGCGAUUAUCAACUGAAGUAAUAGAAUUUUUCUCUAUUCCAUGGACAGAUGGACAGACUUAGUAGGGAAACAUUAUUAUUGAACUUUGGGAUGUUCUCACUUUUUGUUCCUGUGGCAAGUUUCUGAUAUUGCUCUCAGUGCUGCAUUAAAAAAAAAAUCCUAGUCGCCUUCCAUUAAACUAUGUUCACAAUCUGUCACUAGCAUUUGGAUUCAAGGGAUGUCCUGAGCUAAAGAAAAAAAAACCAACUUGAAAAUGCACACAGUCGUCUAAUGUAUUCAGCGUCCACAGUCAUCUUUCUGCAAGUUGAUGCUUAGUUUAUUUGUUUGUCAAUCCUUCUUGUUCUGUGUAACAUCUGUAACUUUUUCCCCUCUCUUUUUGUGUUUUGUAUAAACCUGAACCUUUCGAUAACAACAAAAAAAACUGACAAAGGCAUACAUGCAUACAUGUUUAAAGUGUGUCUUCCUUUUAAAUGUAAGGCAACUUUAUUGAACUUUAAUGUGAUGCGCACGGACAUGCACACAAACCUUGCAUGUGUUGCAGGUAUACAUGCUAUUUGUUGACAGUUGUGUACCAAUGUGUUUAUUUAUCCAGAUAGGGUUGAACACUGUGCACUGAAUAUCCUCACUUUCAUCUUUGUCGUGUGGGCAGGGAGACUACAGAAUGAUUGUGUUUGGGGCAGGGUUUUUUUUUUCUUAUUUUUUAAUUUUAUUAAAUAAAAAUUACAGUAUGCUUUAAAUAUGUAAAAAGUAAAUAAAUCUACAUGAGGAGGUAAUGUCGGAUAUCCGACUGUUGUCACUGUAAAAUAAAUAAAGUAUGACGUGAGAAACAUAUGUUUACAUAA